CUUAAUGUAGCACAUGUGACCCCGCCCACCAAGUGUAACCACGCCCCCUUCUGCAGCAGCAGCGAGGUAGCGAGAUGUUUUAGCUGAAAGUUAACCGGUUUAGGGUAGAAAUGACCUCUAAAGACCUGGUAAGUACAGAACAAAUGUAUUAAAGACGAAAUUCUGCAGCUUAUAAACUAGUCUGGUUGAUUUGGUUAGCGAGAACUAGCUAACUAGAACACUAGCAUAACAAACUGCUAGCAUAACAAACCGCUUAGCGUAACUAGGUUAUGUGUUUAAGCAAAGAUGCCGAGGUGUUUAUGGUGUUAAAUAUCAUGUGAUGUAAUGUUCCAGGCUUUUAGCAAAUAAAGAGGAAAUAAAUAAACAUUAAAGUUUUUUACAAUUUUAGUUUCACUUGUUACUCUGAGCUCAAAAUGUCCUAAAAAUUGUCCAGAAAAAAGGAGCAUGUUAAGGGGAAAAAAUCAUGAAUUAAAAAGUCAUGUCAUGUGGUGUAAUGUUCCAGGAAGACUUAUACACACACACACACUGUCGAUGCUGAAGCAAUAGGGGCAGAGUUGAACCACUUCUUUCAUUUCAUCACUGGAGAAAUAAACAUGUUUUUAUUUCAGAGAAGCAGAGCUCCAUAACAGUGUCCCAAUGCAGGAGCCCUGAAGAAAUAAAACUGUACACUGUUCAUUAAAAAAUAAAGAUGUAACAUGUUACAGCGUUUUGUGAUUUUUUUUUUUAGCGCUCUGAUGUUACACAGUAAUCUCACUGCAGCUUGUGCAGGAACAGAAAGACCUUUGCGGGAGUCAGUGACACGAGGCAGUCUGUCUCUUCAUGAGGAUGGAUGAUCUGUUACUCACCGUUAUAUCAGCUCUGAUACGGCGAUCUGCAGCGGAAUCAUCCUCGACACGUUUCCUCAUCUGAUCCUCCGCCAUAACGCAGUAACAGAGUCAGAAUCAGAGCUCAUGCUCACGUCUCUGAUGUUCUGAUCGUUUUAUUUGUUCUGUUCUUCACAGCAAAGAGAGAAAAUGACACAUUACAGAAAUAUUGUUUCAGCUGAAAAUAUAGAAGUUUUUAUCGAACAUCCCAGCAUGCCCUUGCUCACCCACAACACACCCUCAACCCCGGAAACAUAAAGUGAGCAGGUGGAAGUAAUUCAUCAGUAAAUAAUAUCAGAUGAAAUGCCACAGGGUAUUGACUUGGAAUGUCAAGGGCAGGAAUUUGAGGGGAAAAAAAGUCUCAUGUCUCAGAGCGAGUAUCUAAUUUUUGAUAUUGGAUUUGCAUCCGAAAUUGAAAAAAAAAUAAAAAGAAAAGAAAAAGCAGGAUUGCUGCGUCAGAAGAUGACGUCUGUCUUCUCACUCCUCAUCACAGCCGGCUACGGCUGCGAGAUGGGCGGCGGUGGCGGCGGGACGGCUCGUGAUGGACGCGAUGCAGUCGGACUGGGAGCCUCUGUCUCACUGCGAGCUGGAGCAGCGUCUGGACCAGGCCGUGGAGGAAAUCCUGGAGGCGGAGCUGAUGUCCGGCGUGCAGGGACACGGGCAGGGACACGGGCAGGGACACGGGCAGGGACACGGGCAGGGACACGGACAGGGACAGAGCGAGUGUGUGUUCACACAGCUGUCUCAGCAGGACGAGACGAUCCCACACACGGCAGCACACACUGUGACCUCUGACGCGUCCCCUUCAGCAGCCUCGUUCCUCCGUCAGGCAGAGGGAGAACCCGCUUCACAGAACCUCCAGCACGUCUCUGAGGUAGAGGAGAACCCCGCAGUGCAGUACAUCACGUCUCUUCUGCAGAAGCUGAAGUGGAGUCAUAGUCAGAGGCGUUUGACGGGGAGAGCUCGCUUGUCCUUGUCCCACACGGUGUUCCUGUCUCUCACCCUGCUCUCCACUCGUCUCAGCUACCGCGCCGUGUCCUCCACCUUCCGCCUGGAGAAAGGGAACAUCCACCGCAUCUUCUUCUCCUUCUGCCACAGAGUCAUCACGCUGCAGGAUCAGAUCAUCCGCUGGCCCACCGGUCAGGAGGCGUCGGAUCUCCUGCUCCACUUCUCCAGCUGGCUGGGUUGGGAUGAGAAGCUCGAGCAGAAGGGUCUCCCUAAAGUGUUGGGCGUGUUGGGCCACACCCGUAUCCCGAUCCGGCUUCCCGCCAGCAAACAGGACACGGAGAGCGAAGUUCCUCACGCCAAGCGGCUCAGGAAGCGGCGUCACCCGGACUCGUGGCUGAACCUGGAGCUGGCGUGCGACGCCGAGGGUCGUUUCAUCCACUGCAGCGUCAGCCGAGGUUCUCAGAGGAACCGAGGUGGUGUUCUGAGUCAGAGAUUAGCGCAGCAGCUGGAGCUCCUGCCUCCCGGAACCUGCCUGCUAGCCGGAGCGGGAUAUCCCCUCACGCAGCACAUCCUCACGCCGUUCCAUCCCGCACGCAACCCGCAGGAGAACCUCUACAACAGAGCGGUGGAGACGCACCUGAGGAGGCUGGAGCAGGCCGUGGCCGACCUGAAGGAGCGCUUCGGAAGACUGCGCUAUCUGGACAUGGGGAAGUGCGAGAGGGCCGAAGCCGUGGUGCUGACCUGCUGCAUCCUGCACAACGCGCUGCUCCACGCCGGCUACGUCACCAAGGGGCAGGUGGAGAAAGACGCCAGGACAGAUGAAGAGGAAGAGGAGGAGGAGAAGGAGGGAACGAAAGAGGAAGCUGGAGUUAAACUGAGAGAAACAGUCGCUAAUCUGCUGUACAGCGCUCUGGAGUCGGGGACGGAGUAACCUGAGAGACGUGAGCGAAAGCACUCAACCUUUAUGAUCGUUAAAAUAUGAAGGAAAAAAUAUCAUCUCUCGAUACUUGAAGUCAUUUCUGAUGCACAGUGAGCAUCAGUUCCUUUUAAUCUUACAUUUAAAAAAAACUGAGUUGAUGAUACUUUUAUUUUAUGUAAUGUCUACAAAAAUAAAAAUGACUUAAAACCAAAAAGGAAAAAAAACCUUAAUAAUUCUCUUUAGUUCUAAUAAAAAAUAAACACACAACUUUUUAAAAAUCAAAUCAGCUGCUUCUGAUCUGUUUGUAAUUGUUUGGCUUUUAAAAAAUCUUAGAAAAAAAAAACAGAUAUCUCACGAUAUCUCAAAAAAUAUAUAUAUUUUAAAAUUUAUGACUGAAAAUCGAUUUUCUCAGAGUGAAGGAGUUUAAAAAACAAAUACAGCAGGAAUUGUGGCGAUGCGAAUCUUUAUUUUUAAGGCUACAUUAAAAAAAAAAGAGUAAAUUUAUAUAUUAUUUUAAGAUAAAUCUGUUUAAAUAAUGAUUGUAGAUAUUAUUUAUCUUAUGCAGAUAUUAUAUUAUUGCCACAGUGUGGCGUUAAACUUCGCAGCUCUUCAUGUGUUGCUUUUAAAGGAAGUGAAUUUUGUCUGCAGUCUGAACGGCGAAAAACCGUCAUGAGAUGCGACUCGUCUGAUCCGAAUCGUGACUCGUGUCUCUGCAUCGACACACAGCAAGGUUUAAUGUUAUAUCAGUUUAAAUUUAUUUCCUGAAUGUUUCCCGUACACAAUGAAACGCUUCAACAAGAAAAAACCCGCUGUUCCUGUGCACUGAGUGUCUGACCUCUGACCUUUAGGCAACCUGAACGAUACACAACAGAUAGAAAAUGUGAUAUUAAAUCUGUAAUACGGGAAACUGCACCGCUUUAAAAUCACGCCGUCGUACAGGAACGCUUUCGAAAACGCCGCUUUCUGAGUUUUCCACUUUUUAAAAAAAUAAAAUGUGUUUUAGUCUUUAGAACAGAAAAGCAGGAAGGUUAAUAAAAGGAUGUGUUUAAAUUUCCUUGUGUGUCAGUGUGACUCAGUUUGACUCGUCACCGUCAUGUGACGUUAUUGUUGUUGUUUAUUUUUUGCACUUCUUGACAUCAGAAAUUUGGCGUAGUGGAGAAAAAAGCAGCAUAAAGACGAGUCCGAGGAUGAGAGAACUUUCCUCCUGUGCGCAUCAUCACAUUUCCAAUAAUAAUCUGUUCAAACUUCUGGAUUAAUGCAUUUUGCAAAAUAUUCCCUUUUUCUUUUCUUUUUUUUAAUUCUCUGUUUUCUAUCUGAAUCGCCUCUUUUGUUCAGAGGUAACGUGUAUUUAUUAUUAUUGUAUAUAAAUGUAUAUGUUUAUUACAGCAAACUGUGAAAUAUAAAAUGUUUACUUUCUGUAACACUGAAUAAAAAUCCUGCAGAAUUUUUC